CAGCGCAACGGCGCAGAUGAUAUCAAUGAGGAAUAUGAAUCAUCUCGGCAUGCUUCAAGGCUACCACAUGCAAAACUGGAAUUCCCAAAAAUUACAGGAGGCGGCCCAAGAGGAUGGUCCUCAAAGCUGAGAAGUAUUUCCGUUACUAUGACGUUCCAGAGGAUGAUAAGGUGGAUGUGGCUUCGAUGUACCUUGAAGGGGAUGCUUUGGACCUGUUUUCAUGGAUGAGCACCAAGAGAACGUUGUUUUAUUGGGAAGAUUUGGUGAAGGCAUUCCAAGAACACUAUGGUCCACCGGAGUAUCAAAAUCCGAACGAAUACCUUUGUAGUAUCAAACAAAGUGGUACUGUGACUGAGUACCGCUUAGAGUUUGCAAGAAGGGCAUCUCAAGUUGAAAGACGGCCUGAGCACUGCCUUCUAGGUGUUUUCAUCAAUGGCCUCAAGGAAGAAUUGCGACCAGAUGUUCGGCUCCACAAGCCACAAACUGUGUACAUGGCUGCAAGUCUUGCCCUGGAGUUUGAGAGAAAGCAACCUUCGAGUCGAGGGUCCAGAUCUAAUGCUGCUUUUGGCCCAAAUCGCAGCAACCCACUUUACCCUCAAAAUUAUUCAACACGUGAACAGAAAGGAAGUAUACUGUCGACACCUACCAGGAGCUCGUUCAUGGAGUCCGAACGACAACGCCGACGCGAAAAGGGAUUAUGUUUCCGAUGUGGCGACCCAUUCAGGCCUGGUCAUCGCUGCUCCAGUUCCUUCUCCCUCAUGGAAAUUGACGACGAGAGAAAUCCAGUGCAGGAGAAGUUGGAUUCUGUGGAAGAGCAAGAAGUUGAAACCUUAGAGGAGGCCGAGAUCUCAUUCAAUGCCAUUCUGGGACGACCUACAACAACCACUAUGAAGCUCCUUGGAUCUAUCUCUUCCAAGGAGGUUCUGCUAUUAGUAGACAGUGGGUCAACACACAACUUCAUCUCAGACUCUGUAGUCCGUGACCUGAACUUGCCUACUUUUUCCAUUCCAACAUUCGGUGUACAGAUCGGAGAUGGCAGUGUUGUUCGCUGCAAUCAAAUCUGCAAGGGCAUUGAAGUGAUGAUUUCAGAAGCACUAUUGGCAGAUCCCUUCACAGCAACAAUCAUUCAAGAUUUAAAGGAGAACGCAACGUCCAGGCCGGGCUAUACUCUAGUGGAACGACUGUAUUUCAAUGGACGCUUGGUAAUUCCUGAGAGUUCAUCCUUGCGUGCUAAGCUACUCGAAGAGGCUCACAACACCCCUUGUGGUGGUCAUGGUGGAUUCUUGAAAACUCUUAUACGCCUCUCCAACACUGUGUACUGGCCUCGCAUGAAGCUGGAUGUCAAGCGGUUGGCGGCUGCUAAGCUGCUUCACGCGAGCUGCGAUUUCAAAUUCUUCGGACGGCGGCCUACUGUGCGCGGUCGGGAUCUGGACGGCUGUACGUGGACUCCAGCGGCGGCGAGACCUCUGCUGCUAGGCGGUGGCGGGACCUGGGCUGUGGCGACUCGAUGGCGGCGCACAGACGGAUCAGCGUUGCGAUCUCCUCGAACCAGCGGCGUCGAUCUGAGGACGACGACGACUCCUCAGCGCGGCGCGGCUCCUCAACUCGGCGGUGGCGGCAGGGUGUUGGAAGACAGCAAAAUGCAUGGUGGAAGCUUGGUGCCAGACAUGGAACAAUCCUAUGCAGCAAAGAAGACGCAGACACCCUCCGCAAAGACGACAUGAUGCAUUUACGUGUUACAUCGAUGGUGGUUUUAAGUCGGACACAAAGGAAGCGACUUUUGGAUUCGUUUUGUAUGAACCGGGCGGUAAUUUUGUGAAGGCUAUCAAUGGUAAACUCAAUUUCUGUUUGAACCCGCUUAUGGCCGAGGCUUUGGCUCUCAAGGAAGCUUUAACUUGGAUCAAAGAC